CGCCCACCGCGAUUCUCACAGGAUUGCUUUUUUCGAGCUCACAAUUCUCAGAUUUUUUAAGAAAAUAUUCAGAUUUGGAAUUUGAAUAGGACGAUGUUAUGGUUUUAAUUAGUUUGUAGUUGUGAAAGCAGUUUCAUAGAAAUAUUAUCAAAAAUGAUUAUCAGUUGGAAAAGUGCACGGCUUUGCCAAGUAAUUAUUGGCCAACAAACCAGAUCUAGUUUACAAGGAACCGGACGACUAUUUCUGAACAGCGGGCAGCAUCAGCGGUAUUUAUCCAGUGACGGAGGAGACAAAGAGGAUGACAAAUCUGACCCUGCCUCAAAGACUGGCGACGAUUCAGCCUCUGGUCAGAAACCUGGUCGUAGUCGUAAAAGUCGACCUCCGACAGGGCAUCAGCAAAGUGGGGAUCGAGUUGUAGCCAAAUCAAAACUUAACGACUUGUUGCAAAGCAUUGUGAAAGAUCAGAAACAGCGUAAGACGACAUCACAACGGAAACCGGAUUCUAAUCAGAUAGAUUUCAAAUUGGCUAGGAAAGAGUCUGUUCGAAUGACUGAAGAAGAAAUUGAUGCUGAAAAUCAAGAGAAAACAACUAUCAAAGCGAUUGGGAAAGAAAUGUUGACAGCAGCCAAAAAUGUUGCAAAAAGCUUACCCGGCGAUGCUCAAGUUAUUGAAAGUGAAUUGGUGAAGAAACUUAAAACUAGUACCAACGGCAAAGUUAAUCUCGGUGAUCUCUUCGAGGGUAUGAAAGUAGACAAGACUCCAGGGUCUGAUAGACCGUCACCGGUUCGAGGACAGAGCAAUGAUUUUAGUAGAGCUGAACGCGUCAGGAACGACAUGAGAGAAAGAACUGGUUAUCAACAACAGCGUUCCGAUAUUAGAACAGAACGUGGAAGUCGAACAGAACAUGGAACUAGCAGAACAGAACGUGGAACUGGCAAAAGGGCACGAUCUGCCCAAGAAGUCUCGGAGCUUACUUAUCGACCAAUCGAUAUAUUCGGAGCGAAACCUCUUGGAAUUUUCACGAAAAGUAAAGGCGAACCUUCCUCUGCACCAAUUUCUUAUCUAAAGACGUGGGACGCAUUGCAUGCCAAAGAGCUCAAGUUAUCCGUCACUCAUCCACCAGCUAACGGGCUGGAAGAAAUGAUUUUGUGGACUGAACAAGGAAAAUUGUGGCAUUUUCCUAUUGACAAUGAGCAAGGCCUUGAUGCUGAAGCGAAAGUCUCAUUUACCGAUCACAUAUUCUUGGAACCACAUCUUGAUCCUUGGUGCCCAGCCAAAGGACCAAUUCGUCACUUUAUGGAAUUGGUUUGCGUCGGACUUUCGAAAAAUCCGUACUUGACUGUCACAGAGAAGAAAAACCAGAUUGAAUGGUAUCAUCAGUACUUUUUGAAUAAGGCCAACAUUAUCAAGGAAGUAGGUGCUGGUGAAAUUAAAUAGCCACGUAUGUACGCAUUUUCUACGUCUUUGUUAAUUAGUAGUUUACAAUUAUUUAUUGUUCAAUCAAGUUCAAGUAGGUAAUAACUGAAAACUAGUGAUUUUCUUAAUAUUUCCCUCGUACCUUUAUUGUUACUAUUAGACUUGAGAAUAAACUCCUGCAAAAUAUAUGAAAAA